AUGUUACUGCGUCGAGUAAGCAUAGAGCCGCGGCCACGCCGCACUCCACACUGCGCACUGGUUCACAGCCACUCUACUGUCACAGCAAUGACUCUGACACUUGACAACAGACAGCGCGCGUACUCUAACUUCACUGCUGACACCGAGAAGCCUAAGCAUCCCGUCAGAACAUCAAUGCUGUACCAUGCCCCCCGCACCCCCUUCGCUCGCUGUCAGUUUGGGGGUCCUGUCAGGCGUUUCAAUGCCGGGCCGCCCCGGCGACACGAUACCCUUAUAGAUGAAAUGCUGUGCUUGUUAAACCAAAACCCCCUCCCCCCACAGUAA